UUGGCCCGUUCGACUCCAAGUCGCGGGCAGAGCUCUCAGUUGACGCUCAGUUCGGCUCAGCGAGGCCAGCAAGAAGAAAGGGGAUUAUUCUAUAUGUGUGUGAGCAUCGUGCGUGUGUAUAUUGGCGCACGAUCCUCGAAACUGAAGAAGCGUUCUACUACCUGCCGAGAGUCCUUCCGUUACAUUACACUUAAUACCAAGGGGUGAUUUUACCUGAUCUGAUUGAUUUGAAGAUAAAAAAACGAGAGAGAUAAAGGGAUUCUGCUCUGAUCCGGGAACUUCUCCCUCUUCUUAGACGACUUCGUGACGACUUCAAGCUCUAAUGUUCGAAUUUUCGCCGUUAGUGGGUUUCGUGAUUGCAUAGAUUGCGGACAUUCCACGCGCGAGAAAAACGUUUGAUGAAUCGCGCUCGGAACCCCUUCAUAAUGAUGGGGUUGACAGUAUUCGCUGAUGAUAGAGACGGGGCGACGUGUGGCUCGUAUAUGGUAGACCACUGGACGAUCAUAGCGCAGUUAGUCGCGCAGUGAAUUAGCCUAACGAAGAUCGACGGAUUGCCAAGUGUCAUAGCUGGUGCUCGCAUUAAAUUGCUCACUAGUUUUAUAACGUUUCCCUCUUUAACGCGUGGCGAUCGAGCGCAAUCGCCUCACCGGAGUUAUCGCGGUCCGAACGAUGCACUAAAUCGCGCUGUGUCAUUUUGUUUUCGUUUCAACCCUCAUCCUGCAUCGUUGGAUCGACCGAUUGGACGACCGCAUAAUAAUCUGGACAAAUUAUCAAUCGACUCUACGAUUGACGACGUUUACACGUGGGGACGUUUACUCACUGCUGUCACAUCGAUUAUCUUACCCGACUUCGUCAACAUCGUCAUCAUCGUCGUGGACGAUUCUCAUCGCCGCGUGUGGACCUCUCGUCCGCGGAUUUGCCAAGCACUUUAUCGCGCCCCCGUCUAUCCUUCGCGCUGCCCCGUGCCUCUCUUCGCUUCUCUAUUCCACGUUUAUCUACCCCUCCACCUGUCUGCUGCGGCGCUGCACACCCUCUCUCCCGCCACCAACCCCGUCAUCGGACGACGCGCGUACCCGCACGAUUUUCCCUAUCCCCACCCGCCUUCGCUCACUCCUCGCGCCUCUGCUACCUUCUGCACGCGCUUUCUUUAUUUACUCCGUGAAUUCACGGACAACACGACCGGCUCGAUCACGAUGAGCGCUCCGUUCCUCGAUCCUCGGUGAAAAUCCUCCUCCAUCACGCGCACGUUUGUCGUGUUUUCUACUACUGGAUCUAUUAUUCGCGGUCUACGCUACGUUUUUCGUUCGAUCGGUGUUCCGCGAAUACUGGGACAAUCGCUAAUCUACAUACCCGCUUUGCUCAUCACUACAUUGUUAUCACGAUGACCAUGCGACAACUUUCACAUUUUGGGUGAACUCUGGUCCGAUUUGUGCUGACUUAUCGCGCGUAAUUCGUGAUUUAACUAAACUCAUACGGCGGUCACGGGACCAUCACCUACAUCAAUCGACGCGGACGUCGGCAUAAAUAUUAUUAUAACAUCGGCAAUAAACCGUCAUCAUCUGCACCAUCGCCGAUCACGUGGCUUGCUCGACGGCGACGCUGUACGAUAAUGUUCACGCCGCGCCGCUAUGUGGCUCCGGCGUGGGCCACCCUGGCUCGGUCACGUCGAUGGGAACAGCAACCGGAGCGGGGAAUUCCACCGGGGUGACCUGGUGGGCCAUGAUGAACGGUUCCCUCUACGAGGACAGUCCGCCGCCAGUUCCACCAACAGCUUCGACCCUCGUAUCGAUUCAACAACAAACAACCUCGACACCGGGCUCUCAUCAAGCGACAACACCGACUUCACCUGGUGCACCGGUAUCAUCGGCAACGACAGCGCCACCGGCGGCUACAGCAAGCGCCAGUUCAACCUCGCCAAGCGCUUCUUCGGUAGCGAGCAACAGUGCAGCUGGACCACUUCAUAUACCAGCCAAGAGAUUAACAGCGACACCAGGAGGUGGUGGUACCACUUACGGAGAAGUAGCUUGCGUGGAAUCAUCAGGCGCGCCAGGUGGUGCGGGCGCAGCAGGCGUGAUACGGCACUCUCAUUCAGCGGGCUCCCAAGGCGGCUGGAGUUACAGUCCGCAUCAUCCCCAGGAUUCCCACUACUCGUCCACGGCGGGCGAAUCGUUGAACCAUCAUCAGACUUACGGGGGUAACAAUCCCCCCACGUACUACAACCUGGCGGCCGAUCCCACCUCGACCUCCGGUUCCUCCAGGGACAACCGGAAGGCCGGGCUUUUCUGGUCACCCGCAGCCGCUACCGCUGGAUCUGCCAGUACCGCUGGAUCUACCUCGGAUUACAAGUCCUACAACUCAGCCGGCGCGGCAACUACGACGUCGACUACCGGUGGAUCCACCACCGGAGCUACCGGCGCCGCCGAUCCGGCCGUGUCGUCCUGCCAUCAGAGCUUCUCUCAGAGUUGGUGCAAUUAUGCGCCAUACACGACAGCAAGGCAUCACCAUCCGGUCGACACGGCUGGACAUCAUCAUCCUCAUUCGCAGGCGGGAGUACCGUAUCUGGCGCCAUCCGCGGCGGAUGACCGCGGUAGAGUCGCUGCCGCUAUGGUCGCUGCGGAAGGUGCCUUUCCUCAUGAUGGAUACGGCGGCCUGAGAAACUAUGGAGCGCCCGAACCUGUUACUUCGAGUCCCUACCCACCUCCAGUGAUGUGGGGUUCCUCCCCAUCUUCCUUGUUUCCCGCAGGUUCGCUUGCGGGUGUGGGAGUCGGGGUUGGCGUAGCGGGGAUGGGCGUCGGGUGCGGCAGCUCCAACCCCUUGGAAUGGACGGGCCAGGUGACGGUGCGGAAGAAACGCAAACCUUACUCCAAGUUUCAAACUCUCGAGCUGGAGAAAGAGUUUCUCUUUAACGCUUAUGUAUCAAAACAGAAGCGAUGGGAGCUCGCGCGUAACCUAAAUCUGACCGAACGCCAAGUCAAGAUCUGGUUUCAAAAUCGUCGGAUGAAGAACAAGAAGAACAGCCAGCGGCAGACCCAACAGCAAAAUAACAACAACAACAACAACAGCAGCAGCGCCAAUAACGCGAAUCACCACGCGGCGACCGGCAGUCAUCACCAUCCGAGCACCGCACACGCACCACCCUCGAGUCACCACGUGGUCGCGCAGGCGCAUCAUGCGAAUGGCUCCACGAAGCAUCAUCAGUGACCCGUGGCCUUCUCUGGGGUCGUCUUCGGGCAUCAUCAUCACAGUCAUACCUCGUCCAGCAGCGGGGGCAGCCAUAACAGCCUGGUAGC